CCACGCGCACAACACAGGGAGUUUGGCGGGAAAAAGAAUAAAGUAAUAGACAUUGUUGACUCAGUAACUGUAAAUUGGUAAAUUGGUUUAUGAAGUUAUUGUUCACUCGACUGUUGUGAACUGCGAGUUUAUGAAAUUUUUUGCAAAUACGUAUUAAAAUUUUAAAUAUUUUUCAAUGGCUAAUAGAGAUGACAAGUUUCCAGACAAUGGCUUCGAAGCUUGGGGUGGAUAUAUGCAUGCUAAAAUUGCUAAAUUGGAACAGCAGUUCUGUUCUGGGAUUGGCAAAGCCGAAAAUCAGUUAUCAAAUAUUUUUAAUGGAGUAAGUAUUUACGUUAACGGUUUCACUGUACCAUCGGCGGACGAGUUAAAGGAAUUGAUGGCAAAACAUGGUGGGAUUUAUCACACAUACCAGAGGAGUGAUGACUAUAUUAUAGCUUCUAAUUUACCUGACACAAAGGUUAAAAAUAUGUCUUUAGCUAAAGUAGUUAAACCUGAAUGGAUAACAGACAGCAUAUCAGCCAACCGUUUACUGGACUUUAAAGAUUACUUACUUUAUAGGAAUUCUAGAACACAACCCUGGUUAAAUUUUAAUCAGAAGAAAAGGUCAGACGUUUUAGAACAUAGAAUUCAUAAAAAUUAUCAUACAAUAGAUGCCAACAAAGACUAUCAAAGGAAGGAAGAAUUCAAGGACAAGGAAAGCAGUUUUAUCAUGUGUAAUGAAAAUUUUAUUGAACCACAGCAGCAAUCAACUGCAUUAAAUGUUAAUGAUUCUAAGAAAACCCAAGCUGUAACUAAGUCAGCAGCCGAUCCUAAUUUUAUUUCAGAAUUUUAUAAUAACUCAAGGUUGCAUCAUAUAUCCCAACUUGGUGCAUGUUUCAAACAGUAUGUCAAUGAUCUUCGAGAAGAAAGUAAUUUUGAAUUUCCUGCCCAUGAUGAAUUUAAGUCAAAAAUAUUCUCAAUUAGCAACACUAAGAAAAAUACCUCAAAUAUUGUAUUUCAAGAUUCCAGAGUCAUAAUGCAUAUUGAUAUGGAUUGUUUCUUUGUUUCUGUUGGAUUACGUAACAAGCCUGAACUUAGAGGAAAACCUGUUGCUGUUACACAUUCUAAAGGUGGUCAACCUCGAUUAAAAAGACCAGGUGUAGAUAGAGAAACUGAAUUCAAUUUAUAUAAGCAAAAACAGAUCAAGAAACUAAGUAAAGCAAUGGGAAUAGCUGAAGAUAUGAAAAUUGAGACAAGGAUUGACAAUAUCACAGAUGAGGAUGAUAAAUAUGGAUCUAUGAGUGAAAUUGCUUCAUGCUCGUAUGAGGCUAGAGCUAAAGGAGUAAAAAAUGGGAUGUUCAUGGGCGCCGCUUUAAAGCUUUGCCCAGACUUGCAAACAAUUCCAUAUGAUUUUGAGGGCUACAAAGAGGUAGCGUACACAUUGUACAACACCAUAUCUCAAUAUACAUUAGACAUAGAAGCAGUUUCUUGUGAUGAAAUGUAUGUAGAUUGCACUGAACUGUUAAAAACUUUAAAUGUAAGUGUUCAUGAUUUUGCAUUUGCCAUAAGAGAUGAAAUUAAAAGAAAAACUGGAUGUCCGUGUUCAACUGGGUUUGGUGGUAAUCGUUUGCAAGCAAGACUGGCCACAAAACAAGCUAAACCAAAUGGACAGUUCUUUCUAACAUCUGAUCUUGUUGAUGAGUUUAUGUAUAAUAUUAAUCUUAGAGAAUUACCUGGAGUUGGUAGGCAGAUAUCAACGAAACUAGAGUCUCUGGGGCAUAUCACUUGUGGCUCACUUCAGAUUCUAUCACUUGCAUCUCUUCAACACCAUUUAGGCAUUAAAGUUGGCGCACAAUUGUAUGACCAAUGUCGUGGAUGUGAUACACAUCCAUUAACAUUUCAUACAGUAAGAAAAUCAGUCUCGGCUGAGGUCAACUAUGGCAUACGUUUUGACAAUUAUAAGCAAUGUGAAGAAUUUUUGAAACAACUUUCAGCAGAGGUACAUUCGAGAAUGCAGCAAUUUAAAGUAGUAGGAAAGUGUAUAACUCUAAAACUUAUGGUAAGAGCCAAAGAUGCUCCUCUAGAAACUGCAAAAUUUAUGGGCCAUGGAUUCUGUGAUCCUAUCAGCAAAUCUACAACAUUACAGAAUGCUACAAACGAUAUAAACAUAAUAACUAAAGAAGUAAUUUCUAUCUGCAAGAAACAAAAUAUAGACCCAAAGGAAAUGAGGGGUAUUGGAAUUCAAAUAACUAAAUUAGAUUCAAUAAAUAGUAAACAAGUCAGGGGCCCAAUUAAUAAGUUCUUUACAAGUAAAGCUUCUCUUAAAACUGAAGACCAACUCAACAACACAGAAACAUUUUGUAAUAUUGAUCAAAAUAAUCUAGGAACUGGAGAUAGAAAAAAUAUAAAAAAUCCAUCAACACCAAAGAAACAUAAUGCCAUUUCACCCGAAAUUAAAUCUCCGGUUCUAGGAACUGUAAAAUCUUCUAUAGUAGGGAAGAGAAGAGGCAGACCAAGAUUUGUGAAGGCUGAAGCCUCCACAUCUCAAAAUCUAAUGAGCAAAUUUCUUCAAGGGAAAAGUGUUGCAAAUGAAAUUUGUGUAAAAAAAGAGUCUAUUAAAGAACAAAUGCCAGAAGAAGCCCUUGUAGAAAAAGUAACUACACCAGGGUUACUUAGUCUACCUUGGGAAAAUGUGAGAGAACUGUUAAGAGCUUGGUUUGACAGUGGUCAGUCACCAAAACCUUGUGAUGUUGAGUUAAUUGUAGCAUACCUCAAAGGAAUGGUAACCAGUAAGAAUAUAGAUAAAGUAUAUAUUUUGGUUAAUUUCAUAAAACGACGAAUCCAUGGAAUGAAAAAUGAUAUGUGGAAUCCUGUUGAAAAGUGUGUUGUUGAAGAAGUACAAAAUGCUAUGUUGGCUGUUUAUGGGAAAAAGUUAUUGAUAAAUAAUUAAGCUAGUGAAAUUAUCUAUUUCAUAUUUAUAAAUACCUAUUAUGUAGUAAUAGUACUAGAGAUUCUUGGAUAAAAUUUAAUUUUUUAUUUAAUAAAAUGAUAAAGGGGGAAAACAAACAAAAUUUUACGAGUUUCAUGUAUUUAUUUAAAUUUGAUUCUAUCAAGAUAAAGACAAAAAUUCAUCAUUAUAAUAUACUGCCUGAAGCU